GUUCAAUCCACCGUGGCCGUCCCUCGCCAUGAGCCAUGGAGGGGGAGGUCUUGGAGGCAUUGCGGAGGCUUUACAGCGGCGACGCCUCUGCGAGCUGUGCACUGGAGGCGUUCCAGAACUCCCCAGGCGCGCUGGAGGUUUCUGCGAAGCUCCUGCAGUCCACCUCUCCGGAGGUCCAGUUUUUUGGAGCCUCGACGAUCCAGCGCAUCGUCAGCCUCACGCGAGAGACCAUCAGGUCUCAGAUAUCGAUUGGCUGCUGUCGGAGGCGGCGCGGCUUCCGGGCCCCGCGCGGCGCCAGCUCUGCGCCGCCGCGGCGCUCUGCGGCGCCUCGGCGGGCCACGCGGCGCAGCGGCUGGCGGGGGACUGGGAGGUGGCCCUGGAUUUGCUGCUGGCGCUGCCAGACGCCGGGCCUGCUGGGCAGUGGCCGCAGGUUCCGCUGCAGCUGCACCAGCUGCUGGGCCGUGGCCGCGACGAGGACGUCUUCCGCUGCGGGGCAAAGUUCCCUGCAAGCCUCGAAGGCAUUUGGCCCAGCUUGGAGCAAGCUGUGCGAGGAGGCUUUGCACUGGACUGCACGCAUUUACCUCCAGCCGCUGGCUUGCGGUUGAGAGGCUGCGCGCUCGAAGCCUUGCAGAAGGGCCAUUUAAGCGCCGACGUCAGCAUGCUGUUGGAGCUGCCUAGCUCGGGACUGGAUUUGUUGGACGCAGCGGAUUUUCUCUUGCGUGCGGCGGACGUCGCUGCGCGGCUCGCCUCCCUGGAGCUUUGGUCGCGGCUCUUGUCGCAGCUGAAAGCCACCGCGCCGGGCGAGCGGCGCAGCGCCUUCGCGCGCUUCAGUGACGGCGUAUUCCUGGGCGCGCUCUGGCAAGAUGACGCGAGUGAAGAUGUGGAGGCGCUGCGGGAGGGUCUCUGGAGCCUGGCUCAGAACUGGCAGCUUACGCCGGAGCGCCCCACCCUGCUGGAAGCUGCCCAGCAGAAGCUGCAGGGGGACUGGCGUGAAGUGGAGGUGGCACUUUGGCUCUUCGCCAAGUAUGCGAAGAGGAGGCCGGCCGGAGAGCUGCGGCCAGCAGUGCAGGCAGCAGUGAUGAUCCUCGAGAAGCUACGCGGCGCUUCCGGAUACGAAAUGCUCCUGGAGUCCGCCUGUGAGCUUCUAGCUGCGGCCCCCUGCAAGGAGGCCUUGCCGCUGCUCCUGGCCCGGCCUUCGCCAGCGCCUACGCCUUCGCGCACGUCGGCGCCGAAGGUGCUGAAGGCGCUCAGGGCCUGCGCAGCCUGCCAUGGCGUGGACGAAGGCUUGGCGCAGCAGCUGCAGCACCGGGCGCUAGAGGGCGAGGUAGAGUUGGUGCCCGCCGCAGCGCAGCUCACACAGGAUGUGCGGUCCUUGGCGCAGCAGUGGGCGCGGCUGUGCGCCGAGGCCAGCCCAGCCCAGCUGCCGCCGCGGGCCAGGGCGCUGGUGUCCUGCAUGAUCAGGCCCGAGCUGUGCCAGCUCUGGUGGCGGGAUUGCCAACAACUCCUCGCCUAUUUGCCGCCAGAAGACCAGGUGCACUACGCCUGCCGCGUGGCGGACUUCGCGUCUGUCUCUGGGCCUUUGCUUGGGCCUGCCUGCGAAAUCUGGCAGGCGGUUUGGCCCCGUGCUGAGGGCGAUGAGGACAUGGUGGCUGCCUUGGAGCAACUGGUUCAGGCCUCUGCCCGCAGCUCUACGGUGGCGAAGCAGCCGCUCCUGCAGCUGGCACAGAGCUUGGAAGUACAUGCCUCCGGCUGGGCACCCCAAGUUGUCAGUGCGGCGCUGGGCGCUGUCGAGGCCUCGGUGGCCCCCUGCGGCGCGAAUGCCUGGCCGCUCACCGCGGAGCUGGUGCCAGUCUACGGCCAUGUGAUCCGUUGCGCCGCCUCCAUCUCUAGCUGUCAGCCGGUGCCGGCCUUGUCCUUGAUCGGCGCCUUGGCCUCCGACCCCAGCUCCGCCCUGGGCCAAGAGCUGCGGCAGCAGCUGUUGGGCCAGGAGCCCGCCGUGCGGCUUCUCAUGUCCAAGGCGGAGCCUGGCCGCGUGACGGAGCGCAUCGCCGCGGCAUUGGGAUUGUGAAAGAGAAACCCAGGGCGAGCCAGCGCUUUUUGGAGGCGACACGCGUUGUUGGAUGCCCACUCAGUGGGGCUGCCUUUGCGAUAGU